AUGAGUCUCUUUCAGUUUACGGCUGGAAGGUUGGUUUCCCGAGCGGGUCGUGGGCUUAAGGCUGCUGCUUCGAAGAAACCCAAGUUCUGCUUGGAAAUGGCUCGUCCUAGUUCAAAUAUGGCUGAUUUUCGAGAAGUGUUUGCCAAAGCGAAGCAUAUAGCCAUUAUCACAGGAGCCGGUGUUAGUGCGGAGAGCGGAGUUCCUACCUUCAGAGGGGCUGGAGGUUUCUGGAGAAAGUGGCAAGCCCAGGAGCUGGCUACUCCAGAGGCUUUUGCACGAAACCCUUCUCGUGUAUGGGAAUUUUACCAUUAUCGUCGGGAAGUGAUGUUGAGUAAACAUCCAAAUCCUGCGCAUAUUGCCAUCGCAGAGUGCGAAAGGCGACUGAGCAAGCAAGGAAGGAGUGUUGUGGUCAUUACUCAGAAUAUCGAUGAACUACACAGAAAGGCAGGCACAAAGCACCUCUUAGAAAUUCAUGGUAGUUUAUUUAAAACUCGAUGCACCAACUGUGGAAACGUGGCUGCGAAUUACAAGAGUCCAAUAUGCCCCGCGUUGGCCGGGAAAGGGGCUCCAGAUCCUGAAACAGAGGACGCCGCGAUUCCAGUUGAGGACCUUCCUCAGUGUGAGGAGGACGGCUGCAAUGGGCUCCUCCGUCCCCACGUUGUGUGGUUUGGUGAAACCCUGGAUCCUGACAUUCUCACGGAGGUUGAGAAGGAGCUUGAAAUAUGCGACCUCUGCUUGGUAGUGGGGACCUCCUCCGUGGUGUAUCCUGCCGCUAUGUUUGCCCCUCAGGUAUCCGCCAGAGGAGUGCCAGUUGCAGAGUUUAACAUGGAAGCCACUCCUGCUACAAAUAGAUUCAGGUAA